AUGUCGCGAGCGGUUUGCAUUAACGAGUUAUUGUGUUAUUUAUUUAAUAAUUCUGACAAAAUUGACGAUGCGGAAUUCAUUUACGAAAUAAUGGAUUUCUACAAUUGUGAAGAUAUUAGAAUAGCAAAAAAAAUACUUACCAGCGAUCUAGAUGCGUUAAAUCUAGAAAAAGAUGAUAAAAUAAAGCCAAACAGUUCUGGAAACUCUAAAAAGGACAAGCUCAAAAAAGCUAAAUUUGAGUCAAUUCUUGACGAAAAGUUAAAAAAAUUAGAAGAACUAUUUAUUGAAGAAAGAAACAUCUUCCGAGAAAUAGUAAAUGAUGCGGCUAUUAACAAUAGCCCAAAAGUAGAAAGAAAGCAGCAAUCCGAUUGCAAGACCGAAUCGAGCAAGCAAUCUGACUGGUCAGAGAUUGUAAAACGUAAAAUUAAAAAGAGCUCAAAUGUUCAACACGUGGCGAAUGUUCAACACGUGGCGAAUGUUCAACACGUGGCGAACAUCAACAUGUUGAAAACAAAGAAAAAAACACACAACACUAACAUAGCAAAUAUGAAAACAGAUUGUGAUAGUGGCACGGCCAGAUGUUACCAGUUCAACUGCAGUCUCGGCGAGUUGAGGCCCGGUCAGAGUUUCGUGAUCAGAAUCAGGUCGAGGUUGUGGAACAGUACCUUUGUGGAGUGUGGCUUCUUCAAGCGGACAAAGCGAACGCAGAUAGCUACGCACAAGGCUCAAAUGCAGAAAAGACCCCUCUCCGAGAUGGAGGAACAAUAA